AUGUUAAAAGAAAAGCUGUUAAAUUUUAUGAAUUAUUAUUACUUCAUUGAAAAUUACUACAUUUAUCAUAUCCUGUUUUUAUACAUUUUUUUUUUAAGAAUAACGUAUACAUAUGCAGAAAUUACGAUAUCGCAUUUUUUUACUUUUUUAUUAAAUAAAUAUGAAAAUAUUGAGUCGUCAAAGGAAGAAGAAAAUUUUUUUUAUUAUUUCACACAUUUCUUUAAUUUUAAUAACAAAAAUGAUGACAAAUUCUUAAAUACAAAAUUAUUUGUCGUUGUGUAUUUACCAAUAUGUUUAAAAUGCUUCUAUACGCUUUUCUUUGAUUAUAUCGCCUACUAUGUGUAUAUUCGCUAUUACUUGGAAAAGAUUAAUAAUAAUUUUAAGAAAAUAUAUUAUUCUUCAACAUCUUAUGAAAAAGAAUCCAAUGAUAUCAAUGAAAAUCUUUUUUACAAAAGGAACAAGGAUGGAUUUUCCCGUAGAAUUAGUAAAAGAAAAAAAAGUGUAAAUGAUAUUUGUGUGAAGCGCUUGUCCGAUAUGUCUCUAUACCAAUGCAGGAAAUAUAUGAUAAGAAAAAAUAAAACAUAUUCCAUAUGGCAAAGAAAGAAAAAAUUAAAAUUGGAUAAAAGAAAGCACAGAAAAAGCACAACAAAAAAGUCUACAUGUAAAGAAGAAGCAAAAAAGAAGAACGUACGCAUAAAAUUUAUAACAUGUAGAAAUAGUUUUAUAAAAAAUAAUUUAUUAAGAAAAGAUAUACGAUGCCCUCAUGGUAAUAAAUUGUUUCAUAAUAUAUUUGAAAAUAAAAGAAAUAUAUUUUUUAGAAGGAAACAAAAGAAACGAAAUAAAAUUGAGAUUAGGAAUUUUUCUCCUAUUAGUCCAACUGAUGAGAGAAUUAAGAGGAAAAAUGAAAAGUGUACUUUAAACAAGCUAUAUUCGAACAUACAAAACAAGUACAAUUUUGAUGGUAACAUUUCCCAUGGAGAGAAAAUUAUUGAUAGCAUGAUCUGCAAUAACACAUUAGACAGUAUCAAUGAAACAGAAAGAGAUAAAGACAUGUGCAUAAACAAAAGAGUACAAAACUUUAGCGAACACAUGAAUUACGAUACUAGUAUUGUCGAGAUAAACUCAUGCACGCCGAAUAGUUUGACAGGAUGUUCAAAUGAGGAAGAACUUCAAUUGUUGAAAUUCAGGUUAGAAAAAAAGGAAACAAGGAAUUAUGUAAAACUAGGAGAUGAAAAGAAUGACACAAUAACAAGCGAUUUUGCGAGUUAUUUUGAAAAUAGAAAUGUGGAUUAUUCUGAAUUCAAUGCGUCAACCCCCCAUGAAUACAACAAUGAGAAUCGGAAUUAUGAAGAAAUUCAUUUUAAAAAUUUUAAUGAAAAUAUGAUGUGCAUUUCGAAGACGUUGGGAUAUUAUGACUAUGAGGAUACAGAAAAAUGUAAUCAUUGCAAUGGACAUGAAAAUAGUUCCAUACAAAAAGAUUCUCAAUCACUGGCAAUUGUUGAUAACAUGGGUUCUACAAAUAAAGAUACAAAAAGAGAGAAUGUAAAUAAUCCAUAUGAUAAAGAGAAGAAGAUAAAAAAGUCCUACAAAACAUUAAGAGGGAGCCUAAAAAUGGGUUAUCUAUUUAAGGAUAGCUGUGAUUUAACAGAAAAUAAUAUGGGGUCAGGCGAAAAUAAUGAUUAUUAUUAUUAUUAUAACAAAUUUAAAAAUUUUAAUUAUGGAAAGAGAGACAAUUCGCAUAAUGUUCGAGAAUUGAUAAACAACAGAAUAAAUGCAGAAUACUAUCAUUUAAAAUUGAAUAUACUAAUAUUAUCAUGUAUAAUUAUACAGGUAUUUAACGCGUGUAUUUUAAUAUUAAUUUCGAAUAAUUUUAUAAGGAAAAAAGAACAAAUUUUUUUUUUUUGUUUUUUAUAUUCCUUGUUAGAGAGUGUUACUGAUGUAAUUUCAGAAAAUAUUUUUUUUCUAUGUGGCAAACUUACAAAUAUAUACAAAAAGGAAUUUAGCUUAAAUGCUAUAUACGUUAUACAAGUUAUUAGUAAAAUGAUAUUAAGUUUAUCCACGAUUUUUAUAUAUUUUAUAUAUCACAUAUUUGUAAUACUGUAUGAGCAAGUGAAUAUUAUGAUUAUAAAUACUUUUAUAAAAACACUGUCUAUUUUUAUACUUUCUUUUAUUUUUCUCAAAAACAAGGACAAUAUAUUUAAUUAUGAUGAUAUUAAACAAUUUGAAAAUGUGACUUGUAAAAAACAGGAAAAGUUUGGUAGAAUCAUUGAAUUAAGUAAAAUAAACUGUAAGGAAAAUGGUUCUGUAAAGAUCAAUAUUAAAGAAGGGGGUGGAACGGGCAACUGUUACAAGAGUGAAGACAAAACCAAGAAUUCAUCAUCAGAUGAUGAAGAGGUCAAUUACAACGUUAAAAAGGAUGCAACAAAAGUUAAUAGUAAUGAUAAUUUAUGUAUCAAGAAUACCGAUUUUGAUAGAGGAAUAUUUAGUAACACCCUCUACAAUGAUAAAUACUAUGGGGAUUAUUUUAAUUUUUCAAAGAAUACAUACUUCAAUGAAAAACUACUUAAUAAUGAAUUCGUACUAAAUGAGUCUACGAAAAAAGGACAAUAUGUGAAUCCUUUUUGUGUCAUAUCAAAACAUAUAGCAGAAUCUUUAAAUUUUUUUAAAAUACUAUCAAGAUUAAAAAAUUAUAUUUUAAAAAAGGAAAAUAAUAUCAAUUAUAAUCACAAUUAUACAUUGCUUACAGUACAUGAUUCAAAAUGUGAUGAACGCAAUACAAGCAUUUUUUUUCGAAAUAAAAGAGAACACAAAAUUGUGAUUCCACUUCUAGGGGGUAUUAAAAAUUUUUUUAACAUUUCUGAUAGGUUUAGCUUUUAUUCAGGAAUACAAAAUUCUGGGAUUGCAAAAUAUAAUUCCAUAAUUGAGAAAGAUGUUGCAUAUUUAAAUAGAAAAAAAAAAAAAAAAUUACUAAACAGUGGACAAUUGAAAGAGGACAUAUAUAACAUAAACAAUAUGAACAGUAUAAGUAGUUUAAGUAGUAUGAAUAGCUUAAGACGAGAGAAAAAAAAAAACAUCAUUAUUAGUUAUCCUAUUAAGUUAUUAUUAAACAAUUUGAACUUUUCCAAUAUUUUCUACAUUUGUUUAUUGUUAAUUAUACCAACAUUUGAUAGAAUAUUUUUAAAUUAUAAAAUUAAAAAUAUUACGUUAGACUUACAUUGCUAUUGUUAUCUAAAUUUCGCAAGUUAUGUAACAGAUUUAGUAGGUCUGUAUCUUUAUAUUAGUUACUUUAAUGAAGAAUCCUAUGCUUCAUCCAUAUUUCUAAGUUCCCUCAUUAAUAUAUUCCUGAUGUCCUUUCGCGUUUUCUUUUUGCACAAUGGAUUUAACCAUAUAUGCUUACUGUUUCUGGAAACCAUAUUGAAGUCGCUUCAUAAGACUUUUUUUUAUAUGCCUAUUUACAUUCUAGUUACAAAGGUGUACAUAAAAAAUAUACACAAUUUGAUGUGCUCCUUUUACUCUAGCAUUUUAGAUGCCAGUUCUUUUGCCUCCUACUAUUUUGAAUAUCUUAUAUUGAGCUAUUACAACAUUGAGGAUUCGAGGAACGUCUUCAUCCUUGUAUACAUUAUCUUUUUGGUAUUACAUCUAUCAUCGCUGAUUGUUAUUUCGAAGUUAAAGAAGACGUGA